AUGAAGACGGGGAAAUCGUUGCGUGGGGUGGCGAGAAUUCUGCAAGCUUCAGCCAAGGCCCGAAGCAAGUAUAUCCAGCUCGAUGCGUUGGGCUCUAGCACUCGAACAAUACAGACUAUGUGUUUCCCGAACUGGAGCAAACACAACAUUCUGUGGAGUUUAGCGACAAGGUCCGGUCACUGGAGAAGCAGUGGUAUGCAUCUUAAAUCAUCUCGAGGAUUAACAUAUGUAUCUCAUCACUUUUGUCUGGCCCCAGGCGAGGUCGAAAAGUAUUUGGAACACCAAAAUCUCAAGUUCCGCCAAACAGAUGAGCACGCAAUAGUCGCAGAAUGCCCGUGUUGCCCGCCGAUAAAUGGAAAGGCUGAUAACAUGUACAAGUUGUAUAUUGUACGAGAGUCUGGCGUUUUUAAGUGUCACCGAUGCAGCACGCACGGGUCCUGGUUUGAUUUUCGAAAAAGGGUUGGAUACGGGCCUUCGCUUUUUUCUCCUAUGGAGACGAAAGUGGACAAGAAAAAGAAACCCUCACGUUCUUCCGGAGAAACAAAUGCCACUCAACAGCAGGUGUUUCCCAAGAGCGAGAACCAGGAAAAAUAUGUCCAGGGGCUCUGGUACAAAUACCCAUCUGCGAGGGAGUAUCUAAAGAACGAACGAGGCCUAGACGAUGCAGUGCUCAAAAAAUACGGUGUUGGUGCCGCGCACUUUCCAAUGACAGAUGACCGAGGAGGAAGCAGUCAAUUGUGUAUCACAUUUCCAAUGUACGAUGAAGAUGAGCAGCUAGUGCGGCACAAGAUUAGAUCUAUAGAAACGAAACGAGGAAUGAGAAUGAACCCGAAAGGGGGGGGUUGGGGUUUGUUUGGGCUCAAUUCUGUGCCGCACGAUGCUGAUAGCAUCGUCUUGACUGAGGGGGAGCUGGACGCCUUGAGUGUCCACCAAGCCACUGGGCGACCAGCUCUGAGUCUACCGAAUGGUGCUAGCUCUCUCCCAAUUGCGCUGUUGCCUGCACUUGAAAGGUUCAAAGAUAUAUUCCUUUGGAUGGAUGAGGACGUUGCUGGACAGGAUGGCGCCACGCAAUUCUCGCGAAAGCUUGGUAUCAAACGGUGUCGAUCAGUUCGUGGUGUGGGGAGCAAGGAUGCAAACGAUGCAUUGCGCCAGGGAAAAGACCUUGACAGUUUCAUCCAAUCCGCACAGGUCGUUCCCCAUAAGGGUCUCAUAUCAUUCGCGGAUAUGCGUGACGAUGUGUUCUAUGAACUGGCGAACGUGCGCGAGCUCAAAGGUCUACAAAGCCGUUCAUUACCCAGGUUGAACAACUUUUUGUCGGGACAUAGGCGUGGAGAGCUGACAAUUUUCUCCGGACAUACUGGUGUAGGGAAAACUACAAUACUCUCUCAGCUCGCUCUUGACUAUUGCAUGCAAGGUGUACCGACCCUGUGGGGUUCUUUUGAAGUCGGGAAUGUUCGUCUGGCUACCCGUAUCUUGCGACAAUUUCACAGUGCCCACGAACCCCGAUCGCCUCUACUUGAGAAUUUCGAUGAGUGGGCAGACCGCUUAUCGCAACUUCCACUGUAUUUCAUGCGCUACCACGGCUCGAAUGAAGUGGAGCGUGUGAUUGAAGCAAUGGAGUACGCCAACUAUGUUUAUGACUGUUCGCAUGUAGUUUUGGACAAUUUGCAGUUCAUGACGAGCGGUCAAGGUGGGCAAGGCAAGGACCGUUUUGCGGUAUUGGAUAACGCAGUAGGGCAAAUCCGCGAAUUCUGCACAGUACGAAAUGCACACGUCUCGCUAGUUGUUCAUCCUAGGAAAGAAGAUGAUGACAUGAAGAUUAUGACGUCCAGCGUUUUUGGGAGCGCGAAAGCAACUCAAGAAGCAGACAACGUGGUCAUUCUACAAAAGACGUCUGACGGACCUGUCUUAGACAUUAGAAAAAACCGGUUUGAUGGAACUUUGGGUGCCGUACAACUCAAAUUUGAUUCCAAGAAGCUUCUUUUUGAGGAGUUAGGGACUAGCGGAGCAUGGGCGCUUCCGAAGGAUGAAGUGAGUGAACGCGAAACGGAGAAAUGGCCGGGUGGACUGAACGAGACUGGAGUUGGCCAAGGUCGGGACAAGCGUAAAUCAAUGCUCAAGCCGAAGGGAGGGAAACUAGGACAGAAGCUUGAGGCUUGGCGCAACAAUCAAAAGGCUAAAGAGGGCAGAUGAGGGGUCGACUGUUUGUGUGACGGAGACAAACACUCACCCGUCGUGGGGUUAACGCCUAUGCUGCUGGAGGAGCCGUUUCUGACAUACAGGGACAAGAGCAGAAUUCGGCCUUGUGUGAAGAGCGCGUGGGCGAGGAGUGAGGCUAGUUGCUUUUCACUUGCUUGGCACGCCAUUCACUCUCCCUAUCAUGUCUUGUCUUACCAUCAGUCUGUCUCGAGAGGAAAAAUGCUUGCGGUAGCUCAAAUAAAUUCAAUACUGUACAGGAGGCGGUUUCUACGCUUUUCGUUGAGAUGCACGUCGAUGCUAAGAAGGCUUGGUGCAGAAGGAAGAGCGUUUCCAGAUUUUAAGAAGGAUGCUCUUUCAGGAAAAGCAGAGGUUUGCGGUCCUUCGAUAAAGGAACUCCGUGUGCGAGAGGAGCAUUACUUUCUUCACACUGCUGUGAUUGACAACAAGGAAACGUGAUGCUGCUCGAACAAAGAAUGUCGCGCAUGGAGUAUGGAGCGCAGCUGCACAUAUGGUAGAAUAAUUUAAACUUAUUAUUUUAAUAUAAAUGCGAUACCGUA